AGCAGAUGAGAAGAGAGAAGAAUUGUCCAGUUUCAGCAUGAAGACUUCUGGAGCUCUACUGGUGCUGCUGUGCUGCUGUUUGGCUGAGACGCAGCUCAGAGGAGAGACCAUCGGUGAAAAUGACAUCACUCACCAGGUCCAGUAUGAUGAAGCAGAGACCAGAGAGAAUGAGAUUAUGGGUGCAGCACAGAGAACUGAAGCUGCUGCCACAGCCUCCACCCAACAAACCUGCCAGCCUGACAUCUACACUGUGCUGAGAGAGAUGACCGCACUGAUGGCGGAGCAGAGAGUGGAGCUCAGGUGCACUCAGACACAAAUAGAGGCCUUGGAGACCAGACUGAGAGCCAGUGAGAGGACAGUGGAGGAGCAGAGAGCUGUUAUUAAGGAGCUGAAGGAGAAACAGGAGGAGCAAGCAGCAGUUGUGAGAGCUGUAGGAGGCAGUGUGAACCUCACAGGGAGUCAGGUGGAGGAGCUGAGGAGGGAGAGAGAGGAGAGCAGGGUGUCUUUUUCUGCCUCACUGGUUGCAUCUGGAGGUGGAACUACAGGACCCUUUAAGACAGCAUUUCCCCUGGUCUACAAACACAUCUUCACCAACAUUGGGAACGCCUACAACCCAUAUACAGGUGUGUUCACAGCUCCAGUCAGAGGGGUUUAUCACUUUUAUUUUGCCCUACACGGCCAUGGUCAUGCCUCCAUCCCUAAUGUCAUCUCUCUGCAUAAAAAUGGGGAGCUUGUGGUCACUGCAUGGUGUCAUCAGCCCAGAUCCAGUGUCAACCCCUCCAAUGGAGCUUCUCUGCUGCUGGAGGUGGGAGAUGUGGUGAACCUGAUACUGAAGGAAAACGCACGUGUGUGGGAUAAUCUGAGCUAUCCUCACACCACUUUCUCUGGACACCUGCUCUUCACAGUGUAACAGAACCAGUGACUGGUGCAGAACCCGGUACAUAAACCCAAAGACAAUCCACACAGAACUACAUCCGUAAACUAGUGACUAAGAUUACCUAAGGAGUGAAAGGAAUCAUUGAUUAUAUUGAUCACUUCCUAAAUUAAUAGAUUUAGUUGUUGUUGCUGUUGUAUUUUGCUUUAGCAGGCAUGUCCUCCAUUUUACUCUUGUUCAGGAGGUCCUGUGAUUGUACCUAAUGUGAUUGUCCUGUGUAGGUUGUUUCCUUAUUUGUUUUAUCUGCUUUGUAAAUCUCUGAUUAGUGCUACUCAAAUCAAGUGAUCAUUAUGUUCAUAACUGCUGUAAUACACAGGUGUGUGGCUGAGGCAUUCAGGAGAAUACCGUAUUUUCCGCCUAUAAACCGCACCGCAUAUAAAACCGCAUUACAGUAUUUCAUGUAAUAUUAUGAAAUAAACCUGUGUUUUGACCGUA